AUCCAAAAGCACCAUCACCACACACUAAAGAGUGAUGGACGCAAUGCAGCUAAGAAUCUUGAUUUUCUGCCUCCUCCCUCUGCUCCUCCCCCUCUCCUCCUCCGCCGCCUCCUCCGAUGGCGCCCACAAUAUCACACGCAUCCUCGCCAAGCACCCCGAGUUCUCCACCUUCAACCACUACCUCUCUACCACCCACCUCGCCGCCGAGAUCAAUCGCCGCCGCACUAUCACCGUCUGUGCCGUAGACAAUGCCGCCAUGAACGAGCUCCUCGCCAAGCACUACUCCCUCCCCACCAUCAAGAACAUCCUCUCCCUCCACAUCUUCGCUGACUACUUCGGCGCCAAGAAGCUCCACCAGAUCACCAAGGGCUCCACCACCACUUCCUCCCUCUUCCAGGCCACCGGCGAGGCCGCCGGAACUUCCGGGUACGUCAACAUCACCGACAUUAAAGGCGGCAAGGUCGGUUUCUCGCCCGUCGACAACGACGGCGGCGGCCGACCCAUGGCCACCUACGUCAAGUCCAUCGAAGAGCAGGCCUACGUCAUUUCGGUUAUCCAGAUCAGCCACAUCCUCAGCUCGCCGGAGGCGGAAGCUCCGACUGCCGGCCCCUCCGACUUGAACGUAACUUCUCUAAUGGCGAAGCAAGGAUGCAAGGCUUUCUCCGACCUGAUUACAGCGCAAGGCGCCGACGAGACCUUCCAGCAGAGCGUCGAAGGGGGAUUAACAAUCUUCUGCCCCUCCGACGAAUCUCUGGAUUCCUUCAUGCCCAGGUACAAAAACCUCACCGCCGACGGCAAAACCUCUCUACUCCUCUACCACGGCAUUCCGGUGUACAAUUCUUUGGGUAUGCUGAGAUCCAGCAACGGUCUGAUGAACACUCUGGCGACGGAAGGAGCGAAGAAGUUCGAUUUCACAGUCCAGAACGACGGCGACGACGUGAAGCUGGAGACGAAAGUGGUGACGGCGACGAUCGAGGGAACUCUGAUCGACGAAGAUCCGCUGGCGGUGUACAAGAUCGACAAGGUUCUGCUGCCGAAGGAGCUCUUCAAGGCCGCGCCGCCGGCGCCGGCCCCUAAGCCAUCUAAAUCAGCUAAGUCGAAGGCCAAGAGCCAGGACGAUGAUGCGGACAGCCCGGGGCCCUCCGCCGACGACGAAGCUGUGGCGGACGAGGAGUCGAAUAGCAACGGAGGCCGAGCUCUUGGCGGCGGCUUUGCGGCUGUGUGUGUCAGUUUAGUUGUGGGAAUUUUGGCUUGUAUUUCUUGAUUUUAUUUUAUUUUUUUAUUUUGCUUUCUUUUUUCUUUUGAAAUUAUGGUGUGAAUUUGAUUUAA